CUGCCAGAUACUGACUUAUAACCAAACGCCCUGCUUGAUCUCACCACGCGCACACACGCGCUGUACUCGACCGUCUCGUUCCAGAACCUUCGUGUUCCUCCACAUGUCAGCGCGCCCAUACUUUCGGCGCCACCAGCACCUCUUUCCUCCACCCUGUUCUCAACCUCCCAAGCGAAGAAGGGGACCGUAGCGGUCCAACAUAUGCGCAUGAAAUAAAGAUCAGCAUGAACGGCAACUUUGCGACCUUGGAGGAGAUCUAUGAGCACGCUGCUCAGCACACGAUUCGCAUAGCCCACAGUACAGACUACACCUCUUCCGCCGUCGCCGUCGUCCUCUUCUCGAUUUUCGCCUGCCUCGUUUGGCCUCUGCUCUCGGACGGAACUGAUCCCGGAAGCAAAUUCUUCAAUGUUGUUCGGAAUAUGGCGUCGCGGAUAGGCUUUGGGUUGGUGCGGAGGCCGGCUUCCAGCGAGACGGGUGCGCUGGCUACCGUCUUUGGGGUCAAGAACAACGCCGGAGUCGGCGGCUUGAAGACUUUGGGCUCGGAAACUUUGCAGCGUGGUAUCGGGGGCUUUCGAUCCAUCAUGGCCAAGAGCACUAGUGGAGACGACACCGUCGUGCCAGCGGGACUGGGCAACUGGGACAACUCGUGCUACCAAAACAGCGUCAUACAAGGCCUCGCCAGUCUUCGCUGUCUGCCCGACUUUCUCGGUCGUGUCGCGACGAAGAUGGCCGCGAAAGAAGGCCCAAACGGGGGCCGGAGCAUGAACGAAGCGCUGCUGGACAUGUUGGCGAAGCUGAAUGACGUGGCCUACAGUGGGCGCGCACUGUGGUUGCCUUCUGAGCUGAAGACAAUGAGCACAUGGCAGCAGCAAGACGCGCAGGAGUACUUCUCCAAGAUUCUGGACAAGUUGGACAAGGAGGCUAUGGAGGUCGCAAAGAAGGACGCCGCGGCAAAGGAACCAGUCAAACUCAGCUUGGACGACACGAGGAGCACAGGGUUGGAGGAAAGGCUACACGGCGACAACCACGAAGCGAGAAACAGAUUGGAGCUGCGCAACCCCCUAGAUGGCAUGAUUGCUCAGCGUGUUGGAUGCAAGACCUGCGGCCAUUCCGACGGUCUUUCCCUCUUCCCGUUCAACUGUCUCACCGUCCCUCUUGGACGAGCAAGCCACUACGACAUCCGCGACUGCCUAGACGCUUACACCGCACUCGAAGAUAUCGAUGGAGUCCAGUGUCCGAAGUGCACACUGAUGGCCUUCCAGGCCAAACUCUCUACCAUGGUCUCAAACGCGUCGUCAUCCGAAACGCUCAAACAGCAGCUCGAAGAGCGCCUGCAGGCGGUCCAAGACGCCUUGGACAGCAAAGAUUUUUCAGAUAAUGCAAUCACAAGAAAGUGCCAGAUUCCGAAGAAGCAGUGGGUUGAGAGUACGAAGACGAAGCAGGCCGUUGUGGCGCGAGCCCCGCAAGGCCUCGUCCUUCACGUGAACAGGAGUAUGUUCAAUGAGUUCACGGGUGCGCAGAUCAAGAAUCCUGCCGUGGUCCAUUUCCCAGCGACAUUUGAACUUGGACCGUGGAUGUUGGGAGCCCUGAGAGAAAAAGCAGCGUUGUCUGGGGAACGUGAAGCGGACGGGCAAGAGGAGUACUGGGCGAUGGAUCCGCAGACCUCGAUGUUACCCUCAGCAGAGGAGUUGGUAGCUUCGGAUGCGAGGUACGAGCUGAGAGCUGUAGUCACACAUUUUGGACGGCACGAGAACGGGCAUUACGUGUGCUACCGCAAGUUCAGUCCCCCUCCGACUGCUUCCAGGACUCCAGACGCGGAUGUGGCCGAAGAAACGUGGUGGAGACUGAGCGACGAGGAUGUGACGAAAGUUGGCGAAGACUAUGUGUUGAGGCAGGGAGGCGUGUUCAUGCUUUUCUAUGAAAAGAUCGAAGAGUUACCACAACAGCAAAAGACAAUGGCGACAAUCUCGCCGCUGCUGGAAGCGGUUUCUGCCGUAGAACCAGCCGACGUACCUCUUCCUCUUGAUGAUGACGAGGAUCUAGAAGAGGAUCUUGAACCCGAGAUCUCAGUCCCAAUAAGCCAUGACGAAAAAAAGCCCAUCGUGACGUCGUUGGGUGAUGGCUCGUUCUCAAAACCUGAUGGUUCACCUCGGCAGCUCCCUACGCCACCCGAAUCCGUGGCUGAAUCGGCCAUCGAGAGCGACCUCGACAGCGUCGCAGAUGAGCACCUAGCGGCGGUAGUCGAUUAUCCGCGCGAACACGUCCAAGCGAUACGUAUGCGCACUUCGAAUCAGUUCUCCGAGGAUAGAAACAAAGGAAACAGCAACGAGAGUUUGCUUAUGGGGAGCAGGAUGGUUUCAGCUUCAUGAUAACACGGCGAUCGCUGCACUUUGGAGCCAAGCGGCGCCAUUCUGUAUUCAUACCUCUGUUUGUCGUGCAUAGCGAGCGGCGUUUCGUUAUGAGGGUUUUUCUUAAAUAGCUUUCAAGUGCAGUCCGAGGGUUGCUGCAGAUAGAAUAUAUCGCAACCUCCUGCAGUCUCUCC